AUGCUCGCCCAGAUCAUUGCCAUGCCCAGAGGGCACCUCUGCGCAAGCUUCCUUCGGCUCUUCGUUACGAACGCCGUGUAUCGUUUCGUGUGGGACAUUGUCUACAACCUGUACUUCCACCCGCUGCGCAAGUAUCCGGGCCCUUUGCUCGCAAGGGCGAGCAACGUCUGUUUUUCAUACUGGUUUCAUGGCGGCCGGCAACCGUACAAGAUUCUCGAUCUCCACCCCGUCGUGCGCAUAGCACCCAACGACCUCGCUUUCAACUCCGCGCAGUCGUGGCCAGACAUCUAUAGGUUUCGUCAAAAGCACAAGACGUUUGUCAAGGGCCUCUUCUACGAAGGCGGCGUGUCCUCCGGGCACGGCGUCUCGAGCGUCGAGACACCAAAAGGAAGAGCUCAUCCGGCGCAGCAUCAGUCGCUUCGUAGAGGUCUUUAG